AUGAAUCCAUUGAAAUGCGCUUUUGGGGUGUCGGCAGGAAAUUUCUUGGGUUUCUUAGUUCACCAGCGGGGGGUGGAGGUAGAUAAGAAUAAAGCGAAAGCGAUAAUUAAUGCUGAACCACCAAAAACCAAGAAACAACUGCAGCGGUUGAUUGGAAAAAUAAACUUUCUGAGGCGUUUCACUUCAAACACAGCCGGCCGAUUACGCAGUUGGAGCGUUUUGUUGAAAGGAAAUGACAACGACCAGUUUGAAUUGACCCCUGAGCAACAACAAGUGUUUGAUGAGCUAAAAACAUACUUGGUGAAGCCGCCAAUUAUGAUGCCACCAAAGCCGAAUCAGCCUUUGUUACUAUAUAUAUCAGCAGCUUCCCAAUCUUUGGGGUGUAUGCUCGCGCAGGAAGACCAAGGCGUUGAAAGAUCGGUCUACUACCUCAGUAGAGCCUUGACCGAUACUGAAACACGAUACUCGGACAUCGAAAAACUGUGCCUAUGUUUAUAUUUCACUUGCUGCAAGUUGAGAUAUUACAUGUUGCCAGUUGUGGUUUAUGUCUUGGCACAGACCGAUGUAAUAAAAUACAUUCUAUCCCGACCGUAUCUCAGGAAUCGGAUGGGAAAAUGGGCAGUGUUAAUGUCAGAAUUCACUCUCGUAUAUGUGCCUCAGAAAGCGGUUAAAGGGCAAGUCCUUGCCGAUUUUCUUUCAGACCACCCAGGGGUCGACAUAAAGGAGGGAAUCGGCUGUAUGGAACUACAUCCUUGGAAAUUAUGGUUUGACGGAUCCAUAACAGAAAAGGGUGCCGGAGCAGGAAUCGUCAUCAUCUCACCCUCGGGGGCACGGUUCAAAAUUUCUUGUUCUUUGACAUUCAAGUGUACCAACAACCAAGCCGAGUAUGAAGCUCUCAUUUUAGGUUUGGAAAUCUUAAUGGAGCUGGGGGCAAAAUUGAUCCAAGUAUGGGGAGAUUCAUUGUUGGUGAUAAAGCAAGUCACUGGAAAAUACAAGUGCGAGUCGGAACUCUUAAUCCGAUACUGCAACAAAGCUAAGCAUCUUAUCGGUGGUUUCGCAGAUACAUGGUUAGAAUACACAGAGAGAAGCGACAACAUGGAGGCAAAUGACCUCGCCCAACACGGUAGCGGUUAUAAACCUUUCUAUGAGUAUGAAGCGAUCCGGCGAGAUACGCCAAACUUGGUAACCGGAGACGAUGCGGUGUACAAAGCAGUCCAUUCCGUGUACCAAUUGGAUUUUUCUACAGAUUGGAGGAAAGAGAUAACUAAAUGGUUUGAAUCGCCAGAUAUGUCCAACAAAAGAUUACGAACUUUGGCCCUCAAUUAUAUAAUUCUGGCCGAUGAGUUGUACAAAAAGGGGAGCGACAAUUUGCUUUUUAGAUGCAUCGGUCCAAAAGAAGCGAUGUUGGUCAUGGCCGAGGUACACGAGGGAAUCGCCGGCGCACAUCAGGCUGGUCCACGGAUGAGAUGGCUGAUCCAUAAGUAUGGAUUUUAUUGGCCCAAGAUGGAGCAAGAUUGUAUCUGA